GCCUCGCCCUCUGCACAGCUCACCUUUAAACCAGAGCGCCUUAAAGUCAAACAAGCGACACGUUGGGAUACAUUUCUUUGCUGAGCGACUAAAGCUGGAUUAACACACUGACUUUAAAGUCUACACUACGGGGAGUAGGUUGUAAAACAGAAUACCAUUCCUCUUACAUCCCGUCUGCUGCACAAUCUGCGUUCAACUUCUCCGCAACGCGGACCCAACAGCUGGACACAUCUGUCUCCGAACAUAUCCACGGUUGUUAGUGUGCGUUCUUCCACCGAUUCAGAAAGCCCUACACUACGGCAUCCGAGUGGACCCUGGACUGAGCAAGUAGGAUGGCCACAGAACAUUUUAAGGACACAUUUUUGAUGCUCUGGGGCAAGUUUUUCUGAAUAGAUCUAGCUAGUUUUCAGCCAAGAUGAAUACAGAUGAGGAUCCGUGCCACAGCAAGCACUACAUCGAAGCCACCAAGAGCCCGCUGAUCAGCGCCAUCAUGUUCGCCAUGGGCAUCUUUGGAAACGUGGCCGCCCUGGUGAUACUGGAGAUCAGACGCAGGAACACGAGGUCCGAGCAGGGUUGGCGGCGCUCGUUGUUUCACGUCCUCAUCACGUCGCUGGUGGUCACGGACCUGGCGGGCACCUGCCUCAUCAGCCCGCUGGUGCAGCUGUCGUAUUCGCGCAACACUACCCUGGUGGGGAUGGCGCCUGUGUCCAAGAGUGUGUGCUCGUACUUUGGAGUAAGCAUGACCUUCUUCAGCCUGGCCACCAUGUCGCUCCUCCUCUCUAUGGCUCUGGAAAGGUGCGUUGCUAUCGGGUACCCCUACCUGUACAGCCGGCACGUCACCAAGAAAUGUGCCUACAUAUCAAUCCCGGUGGUGUUUUUGCUAUGUAUGUUAUUCUGCCUCCUCCCUUUCGCUGGGUUCGGUAAAUAUGUACAGUACUGCCCCGGCACGUGGUGCUUCAUCGACAUGAACCCUAUAGGAACCAAGGACCGGGUCUAUGCCAACCUGUACGCCACCCUGAUGCUAGUGCUGGUGCUAGCUAUAGUGGCGUGCAAUGGGUUCGUGGUGUACCAGCUGUUCAAGAUGUACCAGCGUCGGAAGAGGAAUGGCGGCUCCGUGAUGGGCGCCACGAGAUCCAACGGCGAACGCAAGGCUAUGUCUAUGGCGGAGGAGGUGGAGCACCUCAUCCUGCUGGUCUUCAUGACCAUCAUCUUCAUCAUCUGCACGCUGCCUCUGGUGAUCCGGGUGUACAUCAACUCCAUCCAGAAGCGCGAGUCUCACCCCAUGGACCUGAUCGCCUUGCGCUUCAUCUCUGUGAACUCCAUCAUCGACCCCUGGGUCUUCAUCCUCCUCUCCCCAAGCGUUCUGCACUUUUGCUGGGCCUACAUUUCCAGGGCCCCCCUGGGACUGUCUAGGGGGUCCGUUUUUAAAUCUUCCAUGGCCAAAGAAAACUCUCCAGGGAACAUUGAACUGAGUCGCCCGACGUUAGAGUACACCGAGCACUUUCCCUCUGGGGAAAGCCUAUGACCAUAACAGUUCCUUAUUAUUCCAUAUUUAUAUUUAUUGGACACAUGAUGAAGCGAGGACGUUUCCUGUGCCACAACAUGCCUCCCAUGUGGGGGGUGUUAUCUAUUUUAUGGAUGUGUUUCCAUAAGAUAAAGGCCCUCACUGUGACUUCUUGCCAGACACUUGGGAUUUCCUCCUACUCCUAGCAUUUCAGCUGAGUGUAUGCAUGGUGACUGCACACUGACUUUCCACAGUGUUAUAAUGCAAGUGUAAAAGCCACUCUUGCUUGUAUGUUAUACUCAUUAAUCAAUGGAAGGAAAAAGGCUACUGAUGGAAGCUAAAAGAGACUUCCUGCAGGACAGGAAAUAGGCAAAGCGCUCUUGUCUGUUCAUUGGAGAAGCUUGUGACAGAAUGCGACACACACCUAUCCAACGAGGACUUGCUGUACAUUCAACUGCUGCUUUCCAAAUUAACCUGUCAUUGUAUCGAGCACAGUCAAAGACAGGAGUCAAUAUCAGAUGAAAACAAACCAGGGUAGCAAAAACUAAGCACAUUCAGAACAAAAUAAGAGGAUACAUAAAGGAGGGUUAGCCAUUUUGUUAGCAAAUGUACAGAAGGGAGUGGUGUUGCAACAGGAGAGCGUUAUGCUGUGCAUCCCACUGAAGAAUACCUAAACACAAUCCAGACAUGAGACAUGUUCACACAAGACUAAAUGAGAACUGAUAUUAUUUAUCCCAGGCACGACUCUCCUUUGAACCCUUCCUCUUCUGGACUCUUAACCCUCAGACUUUAGCCCCUGGUCUGCUUUGGUAACCUUUCCCCUCGCUCAACUAGCAGAUUCCUGCUGGAAAGGUCACAGGUCAAAAAGCCUGGAGCCUAGUCAAAACUCGGGCAGUUUUGAGAGAAAAAGUUAUGUUGAUCAUGCAUUUAUAUAUAGUAGCAUAUACCUUUGUAUCAUACGGAUAAUCCAUCCUAAGUUCUUCAUAUGUGCAGUUGCCUUUAGACUUGAAAUGUCUGCUUUAUAUAUUAUAAUUAGCAGCAGAGCGUUAAAAUACGAUCGUUAUCUGGCUGUAUUGUAAUGUUUGUGAAAAAGGCACACAAAUGUAGCAAACCGUGGUACUUUUUAAAGAGCAAUUCCCUCUCGAUAUGAUAGAAAUCUCAUUUGAAAUGAUUUUAUAAGAACACUUUUACAGGUCAGGUUCUCUUUAUGUAUCAUCAAAGGAUAAACUAUUCCCUCACGUUAGUUUUACUUGAAGUUAAAGGUGCCCUGUGUAGUUCUGUUCAGUAUUACUCAUUGAAACUCAUUGAGUCCCCAUGCAUGUAAUAUCCUGCCAAUUGGCACUACCAUUGGUCGAAAAACACUUGGUCUGGAGCUUUGAAAAAUGCAGUUUUAAAGCAAAUGACUAAAUAUAAUUUUAUUUGUACAGCAUGUGGAGAAUAGAGCCAAUAUGUUUUGCAAUGUGUGUGUUACCCUUUAAAAAGUACCAUCAUAGAUAAGUUCUCAGUUAGUAUUCAGGUCAUUAUGGGACAGAACGCUCCUUUGUUCUGUUAUGUUGCUUAAAAAGGAUUUGGAAACUAUGAAAAGAGCAACCCUUUAUUGUUAUCCAUCAACUUUACGACUGAAGUGCCAUUUGAACUGCAUUCGUUUUACUGGAGGAACAUCUUGAAAUGUUAUUUUCAAUGCGUGCUUUAGCAGAGCACCGCCAUUCAUCAGGGACAGUGAGUGUGUCCACUUAAAAAGAUGCUAAUAGCCCAGAUGGAAAACGUCAUGAUUUCAAUCUCUGUUGUGUCCUCGUGCUCAUUGUUCAAAUGUUUGAACGCCAAGUAAAGCAAAUCAAAAUGCUGGUUUGCUUUCAAAGCCACCUGUAUUAGAUUAUAAUGAUGUUGGUUCUGACUGACCUGAAUUACAAUUAAAUGAUCUGUGAAGAAACACGUUGUUUUCUCCACUGUUACGUUUGUGCAUCGGGAAAAGAAACACAUGUUGGAUUCAUACAGCGUGAUGUUACACAACACCAUGGGGAAUUUUACUAUAACAGCAUCUUUUCCUGUAGAGUGGAUCAAAUUCAAACUGGGUUCAAGUGUUAGCUGGCAAGAAAAUAAGCUACUACAGACUUCUGCAUGAGGUCCGCUCAUAAAUCUCUCGAAAUAGGAAAACAUUGGGUUAUGCAACAGCAGGGGUCCAGUGUAAAUCGAAGAAAUGUAGUCCUGAUGUGUAUAAUGUGAGGGAAAAAAGGUUGGGGUUGCCAGAACAUUAGUGAGCAUGAGUUGAACUUUGGGGCUGCAAGCCUUUUAUUUGAGAGUGUCACGGAUGUGUGUAUUUGAGUGUGUGUGUGUGUGUGAGUGAGUGUUGUGAAAACGGCGUUUUAUUGCCUCUGUUGUUGGUUCUGAGAUCAGCAUCAAAAUGUUCAGUGUUUACGAGAGUCUCUUACUGCUUCCUGUUUUCCUGUUGCAUUUUUUUGCAAAUAUAUUCCCACAUACAUGCCUCUGAGUCCAUGUGCCUACAAUAAGUGCAAGCUUGUGUGUAUGUGUAUGUGUAUGCUCGUGGGUUUGCGCGUGUGUGUGUGUGUGUGUGUGUGUGUGUGUGUGUGUGUGUGUGUGUGUGUGUGUGUGUGUGUGUGUGACAGACAGCACUGCUAUGUCAAACGAGAAUGCUACCUACCUGUCUUGUACUCUCUUAUUAUAAAGUACUGUAGAUGAAACUGACUGCACUGAGUGUGUGUGUGUGUGUGUGUGUUAUGGCUUGUGUAAAUAAACAUCUCAUCCAUUACAUAUUCUGUCCGACCUGCUUUGUAACCCCUGCCCCACACACACACACACACACACACACACAGUUGUUGGAUGGUUUCCAGAUGUGACGAUUGAGGCACAUCUUUCAGUUGGGUGGUGUGUGGGUGUGUUGGUGUUUGGGUGUGUGUGCCUUGAGGUAUUUUUUCCGGGCCACACUGCCUUGUUCAUGUACAAUAUUUUCUGUGGUGUAAGCUAAGUAGAUCAGUGUGUUGAGGGUCAGCUCUAUGGAGUCUUGCAGCAGCAAAGUCAUCGACGAUAUAACCAAACAGGAAGUGAAACAAAAACGUCUUGUGAUCGAGAUCAUUUGUUUUGCUGUCAGCCAUAGCUUUAUGGUCAUAACUGCGUUUGUUGUUGUGAUGUUUUUGCUUCCUUUCAACACUCGUAUUUAUUUACGUGUAUUUUGCACUUAUGGAAAUAAGCUAACUGCACUUUUAUGUCCUAGCACUUGCACUCUGUGUGAUAACAAUAAAGUGUAAUGUUGAAUUAUA